AUGUGGAGAGAACAGCGACCAUCAGGGAGCCGAAAGACUUUACAGGCAGCUCCAAGGAAGCGAGGUCUCAUUCCAGACUUCUCCGUGGAAUCUGAACAGAAGCAGAGCCACUUUUACCAGACUAAACAAAUCGAUGAACGAUUUCAUGUUCGAGAGAGCCCGAGUCCUACUCCUCCAAUACACUCGCGUAGAGAGAGCCCGAGUCCUACUCCUCCAAUACACUCGCGUAGAGAGAGCCCGAGUCCUACUCCUCCAAUACACUCGCGUAGAGAGAGCCCGAGUCCUACUCCUCCAAUACACUCGCGUAGAGAGAGCCCGAGUCCUACUCCUCCAAUACACUCGCGUAGAGAGAGCCCGAGUCCUACUCCUCCAAUACACUCGCGUAGAGAGAGCCCGAGUCCUACUCCUCCAAUACACUCGCGUAGAGAGAGCCCGAGUCCUACUCCUCCAAUACACUCGCGUAGAGAGAGCCCGAGUCCUACUCCUCCAAUACACUCGCGUAGAGAGAGCCCGAGUCCUACUCCUCCAAUACACUCGCGUAGAGAGAGCCCGAGUCCUACUCCUCCAAUACACUCGCGUAGAGAGAGCCCGAGUCCUACUCCUCCAAUACACUCGCGUAGAGAGAGCCCGAGUCCUACUCCUCCAAUACACUCGCGUAGAGAGAGCCCGAGUCCUACUCCUCCAAUACACUCGCGUAGAGAGAGCCCGAGUCCUACUCCUCCAAUACACUCGCGUAGAGAGAGCCCGAGUCCUACUCCUCCAAUACACUCGCGUAGAGAGAGCCCGAGUCCUACUCCUCCAAUACACUCGCGUAGAGAGCCCGAGUCCUACUCCUCCAAUACACUCGCGUAG